AUGUUUGGUGGUGCGAUGAUGAUGAUGAUGAUGAUGAUGAUGAUGAUGAUGAUGAGAAUCAUGACGAUGAUAAUGAUGAUGGAUUUAUUGGUACAUGUGGAAAAAUGA